UGCUAUCAGUUGAACAUGCAUGCUUCUCGCUGUCGCCAAUAGGGCAAUGAAUAGGCUUACACAUCGACAUCAAUGGAAGCCUGAUAAAUAGUUUGACCACCCCUUAUCAGCAGAAAAAGAAAGGGACAGUAUUUCUCUGGACCAUAUAGCCUACACCUGGCAUUUUCUUCUUCUCAAACAAGAGCAGAUACAGUAGGUGACUCUGUGCCCUAUGACAGAGUGUUCAUCAGUGUUACCUCAGUUCCAGGAGUCCCAGCAGGACAUGGACGGGGAGUCAAGGCGUUCAGAACAUCACCAACAGCCCAUGACACCGAGACAGUUUCAGGACUGGCGGAAUAGUCUAGGCAAGAGUUCAGCACCAGACCAGGAUAGACUGAACCUGCAAGGUCUUGACCAGGGUCCAGCACAAGACAAGGAAACACUGCCAGGUCUUGACCAGGGUCCAUCACAAAAUAAGGAAACACUGCCAGGUCAUGACCAGGGUCCAGCACAAGACAAGGAAACACUGCCUGGUCUAGAACAGGGUCUAUCAAAAGACAAGGAGAGACCGCAAGGUCUAGACCAGGGUUUAGUGCAAGAUGAGGAAACACUGCAUGAUUUUAAACAGGGACCAGCACAAGACCAGGCGAGUCGGAAUUACUUCCAUCAAGUCCAGGAUCAGGAUCGUUCACUAGGCUCCAAUAAAUGCACAACAGAAGAACAGGAUCCUUCCAUAAAGGUCUCAGUCCAGGAUGAGGAUCCACCAGGGAACCAGGACUAUCAAUGUAAUUUAGACCUGGAGCAAUGCACAGCUCAUAGCGCAGACCAGGGUGAAAACAGGCUGAGUGGUGUGAACCAGGAUCCAGUAUAUUUUGGUCCCGCACAAGACCACAGCAGCCCUCAUGACAACCCCAUUCUGGUAUCAGCUGGGAACGAGAACCAAACACAGGACUCAAUCCAUGAUCUAGCUGGUGGAAUGGAUCUACCACACUGCACAGAUCCAAAUCCAACCCCAAAACAGGACCAAGAGAAACUGCUUGGGACAGACCAGGAGCAGGCCCUAGUGGACCCAGAUAGACGACAUAACCCAAACCAGGACCACACCACAGGUGAGGCUUGUGGGGAAGAUGCGGCAGGGGAACAAGGCGCCUGUAUCCCAGCGGUGGUGAUCACUCAGACAGAAGGGAGCCGGGGGCCAGUGGUGAAUCAAGGUGGAGAGACCGCGCCAGGGGUAACGGAGAGAGUGGAGGCUGGACCACUGUGGCCACAGACACCAGCAGAGAGGCCAGAGAUACCAACAGGACCAGAGAGACCACAAGAACUAGCAAUCGCAGCCAUGAUUCCAGUGACCACUUUAGACCUCAGCCCCAGCCCUUUCAGUGCAGACCUCAGUCCCAGCCUCAUCGAAGGGGGGGACCUACUGGCCUGCUGUGAUCUGCUGUCCCUGAAGAGUGACACUGUGUCCCUGGCCAGGAGUGAGGGAUAUGUCCAGGAAGAAGAUACAAGAAGUGUGGCUGCAUCCUCUGUCAUGUCUGUGUUCCCCAGGAUUCAGUUGGAUCCUCUGGAGAAGGACUGGCUACGAUCCUGUGCCCUGGGGAACACCGCUGCUCUCCGACAGCUCCUCACACAGGACCCCAGCCUGGCCUCAAAGAAGGACUUCAUCACUGGGACGGCGCUUCACUGGGCAACCAAGCAAGGCUGCAUGGAGGCUGUGGACAUGAUGGCUCGCACCGGCGUGGACGUCAACAUCAGAUCGCAUGGGGGCUACACAGCGCUUCACCUGGCCUCUAUACACGGACACCAGCACGUCAUCCAGCUCCUGAUCAACAUCUACAAUGCCAGAACUAACAUCAGGGACUACCAUGGCAAGCUUGCAGCCCAUUACUGGAGUGGCAAUGCUGAUGUGUUCAACAAACCAGGCUCGCAGUCAUGUGGUAAAUGGUCAUCAAAAGGAGGAAGAAAGGCUCAACGCUACACCAACCUACCCUCUCUGCUCCUCUCUCGCUCGCGGAGCCAGGGGAACCUCAACAACCUGGAGUUUGGGACUGCGCCUCAGACCCCCCGCCCCCCCCGCUCCCCAUCCAGUAUAGACUUCCACAGCUUCCAAUCCCCACUGCUCUAUGGAGAUCAUUUCUGAUUAAAGAUAGAUAAUACUUGUUUUAUUUUGCAUCCCAAAUGGCACCCUAUUCCCUAUAUAGUGCAUAUAUAUAUAUAUAUAUAUAUAUAUAUAUACACACGCGCACGCGCACACACAAAAGUAGUGAACCAUGUAGGGAAUAGGGUGCCAUUUGGGACGUAAUCUUAUUUUUCUAUUACGAUCAUGGCUAUAAAGUAUGAUUGGUCACUUCAGAGAAGCACAAAAGGAUUUGAUUGAUUGAAAGUUAAAGAAAGUUGUUCAACUGUCUGGUACAGGUCUCUCUCCUUACUAUGGAAUUUAGCAUGUACACUGAACAUAAAUAUGAACGCAACAUGUAAAGUGUUGGUCCCAUUUUUGAAUGAGCUGAAAUUAAAGAUCUCAGAAAUAUUCCAUACGCACAAAAAUAAUAUUUCUCUCAAAUUGUGUGCACAAAUGUGUUAACAU